AUGAGCUUCAUCCAGCGCAUCGCGAAGCGGCUGCCCAGCGCGCCGAGCCUCCCUAUUGAGGAUGCGUCCCGUGAGAAGGGUCGUGCGUCUCCCCGAUUCGCCUUCUUCCGCCGGCGCAUUCGCUUGAAGGGGAAUUCAUCCAUUUCUAUACCCCUGGGGUUUGUGUUACUAUUUCCAUGCCUUGUAAUUCUCUUUAUUCUCCUUCUAUUCGUCCGACACCCUGCAUCUCCCGGGGGGGAUUCUAAUUCCAGCGGGCACUCCACCCUCCAUUCGAAGUAUGACAAGGUCUUCGCUACCGGCUGCAUGCCCAUCAGCCCCGAUGUUGACAAGGAACCUCGUGCCAACGCCGCGUUCGUCGUUCUCGCCAGAAACAAGGAGCUGGACGGCGUGAUCCAGUCGCUCAAGUCCAUCGAACGGCAUUUCAACCGCUGGUAUCACUACCCCUAUGUCUUCCUGAACGACGGCGACUUUGACGAUGACUUCAAAGCCACUGUGAAGAACUAUACCAGCGCUCCUGUUGAAUUCGGCAAAAUCGAUAACGCCAUGUGGGGUUUCCCUGAUUGGGUCGACCCUGAGGUCGCUAAGGAGGGUGUUCGCAAGCAGGGUGAUGCUGCCAUCAUGUACGGUGGCAUGGAGAGUUACCAUCACAUGUGUCGCUUCUAUUCUGGACACUUCUACAAGCAUCCUCUCCUGAUGAAAUACGAAUGGUAUUGGCGCCUGGAGCCCGAGAUCAAGUACUUCUGCGACAUUACCUAUGAUCCAUUCCAGAAGAUGAUCGAAGCCAACAAGACAUACGGUUUCACCAUUGCAGUCAAAGAGCUGCGCGAGACGGUCCCAAAUAUUUUCCGAUACGCAUCCGCCUACAAACGCAAGAACAACAUGAAGUCCAAGGGACUCUGGGAGAUGUUCCUCGAACGCCCGGCCGAGGAAGAUGCUCUUCCCGAGGAGAAGAAAGAGAAGCUCCCCGAGGAAAUCCUCCAAUCCGAACCCGGCGUCAAUAACCUUGACGAUAUCGAUCCUGAGGCAAUGGAAGGCGAGAGUUACAACAUGUGUCACUUCUGGAGUAACUUUGAAAUUGCUCGUUUGGAUUGGUUUCGCAGCAAGGAAUACGAGGACUUCUUCCAGAUGAUGGAUCGCAGCGGUGGAUUCUGGAUGGAGCGAUGGGGUGAUGCUCCUAUCCAUUCCCUUGCUGCCGGUGCUCUCCUCGCCCCGAGUGACAUCCACUACUUCCGUGACUUCGGAUAUCGUCACACGACCAUUCAGCAUUGCCCGGCCAACGCCCCCGCUCGACAGCUUCCCCGCGAACCUUACCUUGAAAAGACCACCGAUGAUGAGAAGAAGCGCAUUGAAGAAGAUGAGUACUGGGCCUCCCCUGAUCCAGUCAAGGAGAAUGGCGUCGGCUGCCGAUGCCGCUGCGAUACCGACAUCGUGGAUGUCGAAGGCAAGCAAGGCAGCUGUCUUUCAGAAUGGGUUGAGGUGGCUGGUGGUUGGGCCUCACCAUAA